CCCAGUUGUACGCACCUCGAAAGCAACUCGACUUCUCACAGUGAACGCAAAUAAGGCAGCUUCAAUAGGAAUGGCCACAACGGCUUACCCUCGUAUCGCAAUCAUCGGCGGAGGCCCCGGCGGCCUCACCCUCGCCCUCACUCUCCACCGUCGCGGAGUACCCUUCACCGUCUACGAACGAGAGACGAGCGCGGACUCCCGCGCCCACCUUGGAGGCAUGCUGGACCUCGGGUACGAGAGCGGCCAACGCGCGUUGCGCGAGAACGGUCUCGGAGAGGUCUUCGCGCGCAACUCCCGCCCCGAGGCGGACAGUUUCCGCGCAUACGAUCCCGAGGGCAACCUCCUCUUCGCCAAGGAUCCCGAUCCGAAUCAGGAUCCGCUGGACGUUCGCCCUGAGAUCGACCGCUCGGUAUUGCGGAAGAUCCUAGUCGACGCCAUCCCCGCCAACGCGGUCAAAUGGAGCCACGCUCUGGCAUCUGUGCGCGACCUCGGCAACGGGGAGCGCGAGCUGACGUUCGCUAACGGCAAUACCGCCGUGGUCGACAUCCUCGUCGGGGCCGACGGCGCUAACUCGCGCGUCCGUCCGCUCAUCUCCUCGGCUGUUCCGAUAUACCACGGGGUGACUGGGGCCGAAAUCUCCAUUGCACCGGAGGACACGAAGAAGCCAGAGCUACAGGACGUCAUCAGCAUGCUCGGCAACGGCAGUAUGUUCUCCUUCGGGCACGGGAUGAUGCUUGGUUCGCAGCUCAACGGCGAUGGCCGCAUACGCACCUAUGCAUGGUUCCCCGGUCCCGAGGACUGGAAGCUCCCGAACGAGCCAGCCGAGGCACGCAAAGUCUUGCUCGAGAUAUUCAAGAACCGGGCACCGAGCCUCCGCAAGCUCAUCGAGUACUGCGACGACGGUGCGAUCUACCAACGUUCCCUGUACCGGUUGCCGCUUGACCACAAGUGGGAGCACGUCCCUAGGGUGACGAUCCUCGGGGAUGCAGCGCAUCUCAUGAGCCCAGCCGCAGGUGCAGGUGUCAAUCUGGCGAUGCUUGAUGCGCUGGAGCUCGGCAUUGUCCUUGCGGACACAAUCAACGGCGCGAGCACCGUAGAGGAACGGGAGGCAGCUGUAGCGACAUGGGAGAAGGAGAGGAUAGAGGCAGCCAAUCAUUUCGCCGUCAUUGCCAACAUCAACGUCCAGGCUUGGACGAGCACGGAAGACCCUGCGAGCAUGCUUCAGUCGAUGUUCAAGCGUAUGGGUGACUCCGCGGUGAGGCGGAAGGCUUGAUAGGUCUGGAUCGGAAAUAUUAGUCCGGAGUCGCCUCUUUGAGAUGUGUCACGGUGCUGCUCCCUGAAGCGGUCUUCAUGCUCCACAUUGUAGUGUAGGUCAUUGUCCGUCUCGCGCUACGGCUCUGCAGACUUUGUUCAACGAUAUUGGAUAACGAGAGAACUGUCACACCUCCAAGGCCCGAUAUCCCUCAGUUCUUUAAAACCAAUAAUGUGAUAACGGAUCGCUGGUAAUCGAGGACUACGUCUCCUGUCCG